UGGCGUUCCGUCACCGACGCUAUCGUUCGCAAUAUUUGGAGCCCGCCCGUUCAAUCAAGACCUGAGCCUGCCAUCAGUGCUCUCCCACACCCCAAGCACAGCGGCGACGUGGUUGUACGCUUCAACAUCAGCAAUUUCCAAGAUGCCACAAGCCUCGCCGAUGCCGCCGACACUCUCUUCCUCGACCUAUGGGAGUACACGGACGACUGGGUUGACAUAAGGCUUCAGGGAGACUUGCUACCUUCGCUAUUAGGCCUGCUUCCUUCCUCUCUACACCGUGCUCACAGCUUGCUCAUGGACGACUUCUCAUUACAACAUGCCAUCUCAGACACAUACCCUUCCUCCCGCUCGGCUCGUCUGCUUCAACCCAACUCUCCUACCCACCACAGUGCUUUCGGUCCCAAGCUCGGUACUUCCUCGUCCGAGAACAUCUUUUUCAACGAUUACCAACCUCUAUCCGUCAUUCAACCAUGGAUGCGCCUGAUGGCCUCUCUGUUCACCACCCACGUCCGUAUCAUCAACAUCGGUACCACGUAUGAGGGUCGCGACAUCCCUGCUAUGCGCAUUGGCGUACAUCCGACCAACAACGACUCUCCCACACGCCGUAAGACAAUUUUGAUUACCGGCGGUCUGCACGCUAGAGAGUGGAUCUCAACUAGCACCGUCAAUUACAUUGCGUACUCGCUCAUCACUGGCUACGGAAAGAACCAUGUUAUCACGACUCUUCUGGAAGAAUUCGACUGGGUCUUUGUGCCUACCAUCAACCCUGACGGCUACGCCUACACCUGGGAGACCGAUCGUUUGUGGCGCAAGAACCGUCAGCAAACUUCGUUGCGCUUCUGCCGUGGUCUUGAUCUCGAUCGCAGCUUCUCCUUCAAGUGGGAUGGCGCGAACACGAGAUCAAAUCCCUGCAGUGAAUCUUUCUCUGGCUCCGCUCCCUUUGAAGCCGUAGAGUCCAAGCGCCUGGCCGACUGGGCACGCAACGAGACCGAUAACAACAACGUCGACUUUGUGGGUCUGCUCGACUUGCACUCGUACUCCCAGCAGAUUCUGUACCCCUACUCGUAUACCUGCGACCAAAGCCCUCCCAAUCUCGAGAACCUGCAAGAAGUCGCUGCCGGACUAUCGAAGGUCAUGCGUCUGUCUGGUGGCCGCUACUACCAGUCCGCUCCUGCAUGCGAAGGCAAUGUCGGCCUCGUCUCAACCGGCGACCGUCAAGUCUUUCCUCGCUUUGAGACUGGUGGUGGCAGUUUCCUCGACUGGUUCUACCAUGAUCUCAAGGUCAAGUAUACAUACCAGGUGAAGCUUCGUGAUCGUGGUACCUAUGGUUUCUUGCUACCUAGAGAUCAUAUCGUGCCUACAGGCAAGGAGGUCUUGGAUGCAGUUAUUUACUUUGGCAAGCUGCUUAGUGGUCAGCUU